UUUCUCUCCCCCCCACUCCCUCCUUCUCCUCUUUUUCACUCCCCCUUCCUUUCAAGUUGAUGCAAAACUCUCCCACAAAAAUUGUAUUUAUUCACGGCGGCGGUACAACUCCAGGGAAGUUUUCUGCCAGGCUGCAGCUGCCAGGCAAGGAAGCAAGAAGCAAGGAGCUGGCGAUUUGGAGAACCUGCCCUUGCCAAAGUCUCCGCUCAGAGACAGGGGUUAGUGGGACAUUCCUUUUGGGAAUGUGCUCUGGGGUGGAGGGGAAAGAGAGAAGAUUCAGGAGAAAAGCUGGUUUGGAGGAGAAAGCGAUGAUUGUCAGAUCGUUUCUUAAGCGGCCGAAAAAUUCAGGAAGGAUUUGAGUGGAGUUUUUUUCCCCUUGCUUUAUUUUUUUUUGAUAAGUGGGAAAUUGUGGACUUUUAAGAUGGCACAUCCAGAUAUGUGAUUUUUUUUUUUUUUAAAUCAUCGGUAAAGUAAGCAACUUUGCCAAAUUUCCGAUAUAUGGGUAGAUUUGAGCAGACAAGCUUUGGACAUCUGCAACUGUGACAUCGGGGGAAAAAAAAGACCAGCCGCAGCUUAGAUGCCCCCUCUUCCCUUCUCCUGCACCUGAUUCUCCAGUCCUUCACCUUUUGGGUCUGCCCCUGUUUCGAAGAGGCCUCCAACGGUUCUGCAAUUUUUGACCUUUUUCCCCCUGGACGUUUUUUGGCCAAAAGGAGGAGGAGGAGGAGAAGAAGAUGAAACGGGGAAUGCCGAUUGACCUUCUGCUCUGAGCUCAAGUUUUUUUUUUUUUUUCGUUUUGAGAAGCUGCUGGCAGAGGGGAGCUUUGGCGUGGCUGACGUCGAAGCAGGCCAUCCAAAGACGAAAACGGCAUCACCGCUGGCGAUGGUUACAGGUUGCUUGCGAGUGGGAUUCGCUUGGCGUGACUAGGAGCUAGCAAAAGCCAGUUUACGGGAGAGACCCAGGAAAGACGAUCCACAGUCGGAUCCAUUUCCGAUUUCCAUCUCGAGAAGGUCGCUCCUCUCUUGGCUCGAAGAUGAGGUCCUCAAAAGAGAAGAGGCAACGAUGCUGGAGUUGGUUUGUCCUGGCGAUGCUGAUCUGCCAAGAAUUCCCGAAUUUCCCGCUGGUGUUGGCCAAGAAAGAGCGGAAGAAACCGAAGGAGCCUAACCAAUACACGGAGGCUCUCUCCAACACCACUCUUUCCAACAGUGAAGAAUUGAACGGACACUCCAAGAUGCUAGAAUCCCCAGACCCGCGCAUCACUGAUCCACGCCGGACAUGGAUUUCAUUUGUACAGCGUCCGGGUGAAGACAGCAACUCCAAAAAGAAAUGCAAAGGGAAAGAUAAAAAACGUGGUCUUGCUGGACCUCCGGGCCCCCCAGGUCCUCCAGGUCCCCCUGGUCAUCCUGGGGCUGAAGUCACCCAUGAAGUCUUAAUGCAAGAAUUUAAAGACAUGUUAAAAGAAGCCACUGAACGGCGGGCAUCUCCAGUUCUCCCAUCCCAUCCCAGUGAGAUGCCGGUGAUGUUACCGCCUCUGGAGGAGAUCUCCUUCUACCGGCGAGUGGAGGAAGCCUUCCAUUGCAAACUCAAGGGGCAAAUCAUCGUGGACAAGAAAACCUUGAUGGAACUCCAGAACUUUCAGAUGCCUUUAGCCAAAGGAGCUUUUCUCCGAGGAUCCGGAUUAAAUUUAACAACUGGGAGGUUUACAGCUUCGGUAUCUGGCAUUUAUCAGUUUUCAGCCAACGUCCACAUAGACCACAGUGAGCUGAAAAGUAAACUGCAGCUUCGAGCAAGAGACAAUGUCCGAGUUUUGAUCUGCAUUGAAUCCCUCUGCCACCGAUAUACAUCUUUGGAGGUGAUCGCUGGGCUGGAAAGCAACAGUAAAGUUUUUACGGUUUACGUUCAUGGAUUGCUCCAACUCCAGGCUGGACAAUACACCUCGAUCUUUGUGGACAACAGCGCCGGGGCCCCCGUUACCAUUCAGAACGGAUCUGACUUCAUGGGCAUGUUUGUGGGAGUCUAACUCCCAAGACCAUCUGCCACGGAGAACGGAGGGUGGGGUGGGGUGGGGAGAAAACGCCUCUGGCCAUCGCAUGGAGAAGCUUGAACU